AUGGAGAAAACCCUAGCCACUUCCCAUUCUAAACGCUCAUCGCCGUCGCCACCCACCGACGUGAACGCACGCGCCGCCGGUUUCAACCGCAGAACCAGAGCGAGAUUGGCGGAUGCAACGGCGAGUGUAAGCGAGACCGGCGCAGAGGAUGAUGAAGAUGACGAAGAAGAAGGAGUCGAGGAGAAGAUUGAGGCGCUUCAGACGAUAGUUCCCGGAGGUACAGCGCUUGGAGUCGACGCGCUGUUUGAAGAGACGGCGAGUUACAUUUUGGCUCUGCAAUGUCAGAUCAAUGCCAUUAGAGUUCUCACUGCGCUUCUUGAGCGUUGUGAGAAAGACGAUAUGAAGUUUGGUGGUUGA